AAGACCACCGCCAUAAAAAAAAAUAUUUUCUCUCAUUUUUUUCACGUCUAAGCGAAAGAACCACACAAGAAAAAAAAAUCACACAAGACUCUUUAUUCGAUUCUUAAAAACGAUAUUCUCGACAUGCCGGAAAUAACUAGCCGUUCAUAUUUGAUCGUCAUCAUCUUCACGGCGAUAGCGUUUCCGAUGAUAAUCAACGCUUCAGAAUCUUCAGCUAAUAGAAAACUCGAAGAGGAACCAAUAAAGUGCACACCUUGUCUCCAGAAUCCUCCUCCUCCUCCUCCUCCGUCACCUCCACCACCGUCUCCUUCUUGUCCUCCACCACCCUUGCCUCCUUCUCCGCCGAAGAAGAAGUCUAACUGUCCGCCGCCUCCGUCGACUUACAUAUACAUGACGGGUCCACCCGGUGAGUUGUAUCCCGUUGACCAACAGUUUGGAGCGGCGGCUGGAAAAAGUUUCACGGUGGUGAAGAUCUCGGGUGUGAUCGCGUUUGGAGUUAUGGGUUUCUUGAUGAACAUGAGUUGAUGUAUCAUCAUAUGUCGUUCAGU